AUGAAAUUUCAGGGUUCUCAAGCUGAAAAUGCCUUCUCACAGUACUGGAUAGAGAAUAUUGGUCAUCGACUCCCUCCACAUUGGUUAGCUGCAAAGGCUUCUCCAUUAAGCCUCCAUCAGAUGGCAGUGUUUAUGAAACUUAUAGAAGAAAAUGAAUUGUCUUCUCACCUACAUUCAUUCUGCAAGCAGGCUAAUAUUGCUUGUUUUACAAAUACACUUCUGAAGAAGACAAUGGAAAACACAACCCUGCCACCAAUAGCACAAUGGAAUUCUGUGAGAAUAGUUUAUGAACUCACUCCAAGUGAAAACAUACCCCUCUCGACUGCCAAGCAAGGGGGAUUGCCAUUUUUCCGGGAGUCAAUGGUGAAAGAGGGUGGUUUCAUGCCUAUCCCUGAUCUAAGAGACCCAAUAUCAUAUAGAUCAUUUUUACCGCGGCCUCUAGCAUCAAAAAUCCCAUUUUCCUUUGCCCGGAUUGAUGAAUUAAAGAAGCUUUUGGGUGUGGUUGACGAAUCAAACAUGGAUAACUAUAUUAAAGCUACAGUUGAGACAUGCGAAAAAAGCGCUAUUCAAGGCGAGCAGUUCACUUGUGUGACUUCAGCCGAGGAUCUAAUCGAUUUUGUUGUCAAAAAAUUAGGACACCAUGUACACCUAUGGAGUACUGAAAGCAUUGAAGGAUCUUAUGAGAAUGUCACAAUUGGAGCUGUGAAACUCAUAUAUGGAAACCUCUCUGAACCACCAAUCAUAUGUCAUAGUCAGCCAUUCCCAUUUCAAGUCUACUAUUGCCAUAUUUUACAGAAAGUAAAACUAUAUGCAGUUGUUAUACAUGCUAGGAAGAAAGUGAAUCAUGUGACCAUGGCAUGUCACCAUGACACAUCAAUUUGGAGUCCAAACCAUCAUGCUUUUCAGAUGCUAGGUUUUGGCCCUGGCCUAAUUGAAGUUUGUCAUUGGAUAAAUGAGAAUGUAGUAGUCUGGACAAAGAGCAGUCUAGGUUGA